GUUCGCUUAAGUGCGUACAAAUAACAGUUUUCCCCUUUCCGCUAUACUUCAUACGAACUGUUAAACAAGUUUUACAAAACAACUAAGCUUUUUAACAAGUAGGCAAGAGUUGAAAAAUUAUAAAUGAAAACAAAUAUACCGUGUUAUAUUAUUUUUAUUGAUGUAAGCUAUGUGAUGCGGUUAGCUCGAGGCCUACGUCACUUUCUUCAGCUGCAUCGGACUGAUUGAUAAAGAAUGGCUGGACCACAAGCAAGUGAAGCCCGAUUGUCUUUGGAAAUUCGUACAAAAUCUGUGGAGCAAACACUUAUUCCUCUAGUAACACAGAUUACAACAUUAGUAAACCACAAGGAGAGACCCAGAGUGACAGAGAAAACCACACAGGCACUACUAAGGGUUGGUCAGGCAGUCUGUCUUGCUGUAGAGAGGUUCGUGUCAGUGGGACAGACCAUUGCUGAGGAGAACCCCGAGAUCUACACAGACAUGUGUCAGGCAUGUGCAGAGGCCCGAAGUGCAGGAACAAGCAUUCAGCACCUAACAUCAGUAGAUGUAACCUCUCACAGAAACAGUAAACAGUUUGCUGAGAAAUCAGCGAUGGUGAGAGCUGCUCGUCAGUUGCUGUCAGCUGUUACCAAAGUCUUGCUUCUGGCUGACAAAGUCAUUGUAAAACAGUUACUUAUAUCCAAAGACAAGGUGUCCAAUACUCUGAAUGAGCUGUACUCUGUAACAACAUUUACAGAUUUUGUAAACUGCUUCUCUCAGUUUGGAAAUGAGAUGGUAGAAUUAGCUCAUUUGACAGGAGACAGACAAAAUGAUCUAAAGAGUGAUAAACACAGGGCACAAAUGGGAGCAGCCCGUGCAGUGCUGGAAAAAUCCACUAUGAUGUUGCUACCCUCUUGUAAGGUUUGUUUAAGACACCCAGACUGUGAGACAGCCAAACAGAACAGGGAAGGAGUGUUCAAACUGAUGAAAGGGGCCCUUGGUAUGAUUCAUCACAUUGUCAAUGAUGAGGGCGGGAACCAGUCAAAUGGAAAUGUAUCACCAGUCCUUAAUGGUGACUCUGGAAUAGGCCUAGAUAAUAAACACUCUGCUUGUAAAGCCUUCAAAGAGUUUGAGGAUCAAGUUGAGAUGACUCGUAUAACGGGGAUUACCCCUAGUUGUAAGGAGAGGUUGAGUGGUGCCUUAGACUUACUGGUGGAAACCAUGCAGGAUUUCACAGACUCUGCCUACACCUCUCACCAACACAGGGAAUCCAUCAUACAAAUGUGUGACAGGCUCAAGUCGGAAUUGAGUGCUUUACUCAGAACGUCUAGGAGCCAGAGAAAUUCCACAAAUCUCAGCCCAGAAAUGGAAACGGCCAUACUGAGGACCCUGACAGCUGCUAAAUCUUUAAACAAACAGCUCCAAGACACUGCCAUGGACCAAGCCUCUGAGCUCUUUAAAGCAAAUGAAGACCAUGAGAUUCUGAAGCAUUUAAAAGCAGCCGGAAGCAGUGGAGACCAACAGAGGGUCACAGAAAUGACUAUCAAGUUUGAGGAACACAUGCAACAGCUAGAGGAGGUCUGCAAGUUAUUUCAUCAUAUAGCAACAAAUGAACAGCUGGUUAUUGCAGCAGAACACAAUGAGUUUGUGCUGAAGAACUUGGGGCCACUUACUCUCAUGUCCGCCCAGUCCCUAUCUCAAUACCCUAACAGUAAGAUUGCCCAGGAGAAUCUGGACAUGUUUGCUGAUUCUUGGGAGACACAGAUUAAUGACCUAUCCAUCAUGGUCAAGGAGAUCAAUGAUGUAUGUCAAGGAAGGGGAGAGAAACCUGUAUACCUGUCACUGCCCAGGCCUGGGAAACAUGGGACUAACUUGCGUGGAUUACGCCCUGUGAAAUUGGAUGCUGAGGAACAAGCUAAGAUAGCUAAACUUGGUUUGGAAAUGAAAUUGAUCACAUCAGAAAUGGACGCAGAAACCGACAAAUGGGAGGAGCCCGAUAACGAUAUUGUCAAGCGUGCGAAAAACAUGUCCAGCAUGGCCUUCUCCAUGUACCUGUUUACCCGUGGAGAGGGGCCUCUAAAAACCACACAGGACCUGUUUAUUCAGGCCGAGUACUUCUCAGAGGAGGGCAACAAACUAUACAAAACAGUCAGGGACUUCAGUGACAAGGUGCCCUUGUGUGUCCAUCGUGAGGAGUUGGUGAUGAAUUUGGAACGGAUCCCAGCAUGCUGUCAGCAGCUUCACUCCAUCCUGCGGACUCAGACUACUGGCAAAACAGCCACAUUCAACAAGGUUGACAAUGCAAUCCAAGAAACAAAGAACUUGAUGAACAUUAUAGCAAAAGUUGUGACCACUUCAUUUGUUUGUGCAACAAAGUACAACAUAGACUACAGAAAGUCACCAGGUUCAAGUCGUCGAUGGAGAAGUUCAGGUGAGGCUCGCUCAGCAACAAGCAGUGACAAUGAGUCUAUGUACAGUAGUUCUAUGUCAGAUGGACUCAAUAAAAGUUCAUCAUCUAAUAAACAGUUCUCCGCGAGUAAUACAAGCUUGGAUCGACAGCCCUCGGGUUCGAACUGAGAGCUCCACAAUGACAUCAUAUUCACUUGAGGGAGAUGGUUUGGCACCUCUCAGAGAGGGCACAACAUUUAUCUCCCCUAGGCUACCGGUACCAUUAAUUUCCAUACAGUGCAAUAUGCGUGAAAGCAGAUUAUACAGGAUGCAGUGUAUACUGUGAUUAUUUUUGACAGGUUGAAUUGUGCUACCAACCGCAAAUUAAAAUGUAUUGUGUGCAAUAGACAUUAUGUUUUUCUUGUAAUGGUGCCAAUAUGUCUUUGUGAAUUUUUGGGGGUGUAAAAUGUCUUUUAAUAUUCUAAAAUCACUAACCCUUUUCACCUUAAUAUAUUGAAGACUGCUCGUGUAUUCUAGCAACCAAUGUAAAACUUUGUGUCCAGUUGAGUGUUACAUGACAAGUCUGUUUGAAAUUUUACUGCCUUAAAAAAAGUACCUCAACAUACCGUGUUGUGUAAAUGGUGUACGGUAAUUUAGUUUGCUUUAAUCUGAUCAUUGUGGUUCAUUAUUUCAUGUUAGGGAAAAUCAAUUAAUUAGAAGCACACCAAUCAUGCAUCUAAUAUUGUUGGUCAAUUUUUAUGUCAGAAAAUAAUGUACCAGUACUUUUAUAAUUUAUAGCACUAUUAUAGUCACAGGGUAUGGGUUAAUCAAGCUGUCAGAUGCAUGUAUGCAGGGAAAGUCAAGAUCAUAUGAUUUUCAAGUUGUUAAACUGGCCACAUACACGAGUUCAAGUUCAUAGUCUAGUUAACAGUAUACUAAUUUCAAAAGUGAAAACAAACCUGUUAAAUGUACAUAUGAUGUGCAUUUUGUGAGAAAAACAAAAGAAAACAAUAAAAUAUAACUUUGGUAUGUUUCAUCAUCUAUAUAAAUGUAUUUUUUCUCCACAAACGGAUGGCAUUUGCUUAUUAUGAGUUCACCCGUACCUGUGAGAUCAUUCUGAUUGAUGUGCAACUUUCAAUAUCCCAAAAUACUUGACGCUGCAUAAUCAAUGAUUAUCUAUCUCUUAUGUUAUGUGAUAAUAAAGAUACUGUAACAGAAGUCACAGCUGAUGUCGCUCGGCUGCAAGAUUAAAACUCCGGCAUAGAAAUGACCUUUCUUAAAGACAGACAAAUUUUGUAAGAAAUCAUUGUUUAACUGGCAUGCUCAUGUGGUACAUAAUGUAAUUUGCAGUGCGGAAAGCAAUGACACUGUACUGUGUAUUAUAACCAAACACAAUGCAAUGCAGCAAGGGUAUUGCAUAGUUACGUCUGGGGGGCACACAAAACUGACAAUAUCUCCUGCAUUUUGUACACCAAUUGAUUUGUUGUUGCAGAUGCCACUGCUUUUUGUAGAGCAAGUAUAGUGUAUAAUAGGCAUUCUGCUUCAAACUGAUAUGUAAUCUUAGAGUUCAAGGGAAGCAAGUUUUUGUUUACUGUAUUUACAUAAAUCAAAAGAAAGUAAAACUUAUACAUAUAUGUAUGAUACAAGAUGUAUUUGUGGCUGUUUAUCAGAAAGCAGUGAUUAGACUAUGAUUAUAUUAUGUAAGUUCUGUUUAUCACAGAAAUACAUGUACGUAGUCGUUUACCUCAAACAUUUAUAAUCCUUGUAAUAUUCUAUUUUUCAAGUAUUAAAACAUUUAUAAGGUAUAUAAAUACAAGUGUAACUUAACCAACACAAAUUGUAUACUUGAAAUAUGUAUGGUACUGUAUAUGACAUAAUAGGGUAUAUUAUCUGUAUAAGGUUGUAAACAAGAAGUCCUAGUCCCCUGUGAUUUAUUUUUUUUUUUAAUUUAGUCAUGUUUAUUUUGCACUUUGUUCAGAUUUGCACAAUUAUUUUGAAUGGUGCUUAUAUUAAUUUUAAUAUAUGUUAAACUCUUUAUCAAACAGACCUUUCUUGCUUUUAAUAGUCUACAAAUUUUCAAGCAUUCCAUAGCAUAUGGGAGUUCCCUCUGCAAUUUUUGUUUGGCAAAAUUUCAUUUCCUUUACUGCAUGAAAAUCUUUCUAUUUGUAUGUAUGCAUCUUUGAUUUGUGAGUAUACACUGUACAUGUUGUAUAUUUGUGUGUAUACAUACUGUAUAUUUGUAUGUAUGCAUCUGUACAUUUGUAUGUAUGCAUCUGUACAAUCUGUAGAUUUGCGAGUAUACAUACUGUACAUGGUGUAGAUUUGUACAUAAUUACAAUAUUUUUUGCCAAGGUAUAUUUACAAAUUGUAAUAAUAGGCAUUUCCUCAUGAAUGUGCAACAGUUGUAAACAAUGUGCGUAUGAAUACAGCACUGAUAAGUAUCUAUAUAAGUAAUCUACUUUAAUGGCCGAGAAUUGUGGCAGAAAUUAACUGUAGAAUUCAGUAUAAAAAACGAAUACACAAGGAUACAGCUGUAUGGACCGCAAUGCUUCACACUAGCAUACUUUUUAAGAAGCGCCAACAUGCUUCAUGAAACAGGCUGGCGUGAAGCGUUGCAGCUCAUACUCUCAUUUAUUUUCAAAAAUGAAAUUUAUUUAAGUAUACAUACUGUAAUGUUGUUUAUUUGUAUGUAUACAUAGCUUAUAUGCUGCAUAUUUGUACAUGUAUGCAUGAUUUACAAACAAAACAAUAAUUUUGUGUUUGAAAAUCUUGUGAAUUUAGUUAGUAAGUGCUUGGUUAAAUGUUUUCUCUUAAACUGAUGCAUACAUGUUACUUGUGAUUUUAUUCCGGAUUGCAUGCCACUUUUCAAAAUUGCCCCCCUCCCCCGAAAUUUUAUACCAUAUGGCCAGUUUCUCCAUUUCUAGUAUUUAUGUAAAAAAUUAUUUUUUCUGAAAAUUUUUAUUUAUGAAGUUAGGAUGUACAUUUUCCGAACCUAUAUUUUUGGAGAUUAGAAGAUGUGAUAUUUAUAAAUAUACUCAGUCUUGUCCCAUGAAAGAUUGAGUGAUCUCAAAGAAAAGUUGUCAAUGCAUUAUUUUGAAAUAUAUGAUUUACAUGUAUAUAGAUCGUUUACUGCUAUUUUUAAAUGCAUGGUUCAGUUGAUGGUUAAUGAAAUGAUAUACCUACUGAGGAACAUUUUUGUACCCCUUCAAUGCAUGACAGAACUGCAGAGAUUGGUAUGACUGGCGUUUGUCCCUCUACGUGCAUCAGCAGUCACACUCGUGCAGGCAACAUAUAUUGUCAUAUUCCUAGAAAAUCAUGGUUAUUUGACUUCUCAAAUAUAAAGGUCUUAAAAAAAAAUUAGUCUUUCAAAAUGCCUUUGAUUUGAUUCCUAUAUAUUUGAAAACUGAUGCUAAGCCUCUUUUUCCAUGCAUGUUUGUAUUGUUUUGUGGUCAUCUACAAAUGUAUACUUCAUUUAUUGUAUUUAUUUAUUAUGAUUUUUUGCAUGUUAUAUGUUCAGGUUGUACCUUAUGUAUGCUAUUGCAGAGAUUAUUAAAAAAAAAAAAUCCGACAUAAA